UGAUAAUAUCACUAUCCUUUUUGCAACUAUAAACGCGAACAAUGUUGAAAAAGUGUGGCACCAAUUCCUUGUUAAUAUUGACAUCGCGGCAAUUCAUGAUGAGUCAAAAGGCUCAAACGAUUUUGAAAAAUUACUUUUAGAUGUG